UGAGACGCUGUACACGUCACCCGGAAGCGAAAGGAACAUGAAACGGACCCGAUAUUGUUGUUACUCUGUUAACUUCUCAACAUAAACAAAUAAACAAGGUUUACAAACAAAGUUUAUUACAUAGUAAAUAUUAACACGGUAGAUGUACCUCUCGUCAAACUCUAACGGCGAGGACUUAUUUAUGACAGUUCCCGUUUUGUUGUCGUGUGAUUUACUCUGGUAACCUCCAAGAACCGGUCGGAUUUCUGAAGCAUGAGUGGCCAGGAGGUGUCGCUGCUGCUGCAGGAGUGUUUGAGGCGCGCAGUCAGCGGACCGACGGGAGACACCGCGACGCUCGCGCACCGCCGCGGUAAUGACGCACACAGCGCUGCAGAGGGCGCCAGGUCGUUUCCGGACGAACUGAACAUGCUCCUACAGGACGCGGCGGACAGAAAGUGGCCGUUCGUGGAGGAGAAGUGGCAGUACAAACAGUCGGUGAAGUCUGAGGACAAAACGAACUCGUCGGACCUCGUCAGGAAGCAUCUGCCGCAGUUACUGGUGUUUCUCAGAGACAGCAUCGCCGCGGAUGAGCCGCAGUGGGCCGUCGCUGCCGUCUUCCUGCUCGACCGGCUUCUGUACUGGAUGGACGGCUCGCAUGUCCUGCUGAAGGUUGCUAAGAUGUUGCACAAACGUUACCCGGACGUUCCCAUCGCCCCUCAGGUCAUCAUCAGACAGGCUCGUGUCUAUCUGAACACCGGUAAACUGCAGAAGGCCGAGUUCAUUCUCAGCAGUCUGAUCAAUAAUAAAGCUUCAACAGGCUGUUGGACGUAUCAGAAGGCCAGUGAUCAGACGCUAGUGCAAGCCGUCAGUCUUCAGGUGCGCGGACAAGUGCUGCAGACGCUAGGUCUGUGGCUUGAGGCUGCUGAACUCAUAUGGGCGUCUCUGAUUGGCUUUUACGCUCUUCCACAACCUGAUAAAAAGGGCAUUGGAACGUCCCUCGGGCUCCUGGCCAUCAUACUGACCUCCAUGAACGACAGAGACUUCGCUGCGCUUCAGGAAAAGCCUCAUAUUGACUUGAGUUUUCUCGGAGAGACUCGCCAUCGUCUGCUGUCUGCGGCGCGGGCCGCCAAAAUGGCGGUUGUGUUCAGUCAGUAUGGAUCUCUGUACGUCCUGACCAAUGUGGUCGCCCAGGGCAUUUGUUUACUAUCCUACAGUUUCUCAAAGAAAUGCCCCAUGGAGGAACAGCAAACGCACCUCGCUUUGGCCAAAGAGGCCUUUGAGAUCGGCUUGUUAACAAAGACGGCAGGAGACGCCGUCACCAGCAAGCUGGAGCUGCACACGUUCCUCAAAGCUGCUUACUGCUUAGCCAUGACGCACAGAUGGAUGAGCGGCACGUCCGAGACGGUCAUCACAGCGGCCAGCGUCUGUCGGGAAGCCUUCACUUUAUUUGUCGACUACUGCGCUAGAGCGGAUUCCUCUUUGUGUGCCGAGAUCAUGGCGAGGAUACAACAGAUUAAGUCGUUGUUGAAGGUGGAAACGUUCCGUAAUUCUGACCCGCGCUCUUUUAUUCCCGACAGCUACCGUUCGGUGGAGUUCGGCCCUGUUUUGUUUGCGCUCGGCGAUUUUCCAAAGGUGUUGGAUGUUUUUGGGAAGCAUCACAAGUCGGUUUGUGAGGCAUUCGAGAACGGCGUUCGAGGUGGUUCGUGCUCGACUCAUGCACAAUGCAUAACAGCAUUUCAGACGGACACAGAAGUUCUUGCAACGGCCGAUCAUUCGACCCUGCUUUCCUCCAAACAGAAUCCAUCUUUAGUCCUGGUUGAUCAGGCUCUUGAUGGAAGUAAAGGAGCAAGCUUUGUCUCUCCGAGCAAUCAAAGUAGUGUUCCCAACACUCGGAAGAACCCUGAAGCAAGGACAUCUUCGAGUUCUUUUAACAGUGGCUCCUCGUGGGAACAAGUAUCGGGACUGUCUCAGAGUUGUGUGGAAACUGUGGAAGACAUUGUAGAUCCUUCUCAAACUGGUCAUACUUGUGAUGGAUCUUUUGAGGCUCUUGAUGGAAGUAAAGAAGCAAACGUUGUCCCUCCAAGCAAUCGAAGUAGUGUUCCCAACACCUUUAGACAUGACAAAGAAUCCCAAAGUCUUUCCAAGUCAAAGCAAGAGCUCGUCACAACUGAAGACGUUGAGGACAAUGCACCGGAUACAUCAGGUACCCAAUGGAGAGAUGUUCAGAAGAACCCAGAAGCAAGAACAUCUUCGAGUUCCUUGAACAGUGGCUCCUCGUGGGAACAAGUAUCGGGACUGUCUCAGAGUUGUGUGGAAACUGUGGAAGACAUUGUAGAUCCUUCUCAAACUGGUCAUACUUGUGAUGAACGAAGCAGUUUUGGAUCUUUUGAGGCUCUUGAUGGAAGUAAAGAAGCAAACGUUGUCUCUCCGAGCAAUCGAAGCAGUGUUCCCAACACAUUUAGACACGACAAAGGAUCUCCGAGUCAAUCCCAACAAAAGCAAGAGCUCGUCACAACUGAAGAUGUUGAGGACAACACACCGAAUACAUCAGGUACCCAAUGGAGAGACGUUCGGAAGAACCCAGAAGCAAGGACAUCUUCAAGUUCCUUCAACAGUGGCUCCUCGUGGGAACAAGUAUCGGGACUGUCUCAGAGUUGUGUGGAAACUGUGGAAGACAUUGUAGAUCCUUGUCAUACUUGUGAUGAACGAAGCAGUUUUGGCUCUUUUGAGGCUCUUGAUGGAAGUAAAGAAGCAAACGUUGUCUCUCCGAGCAAUCGAAGCAGUGUUCCCAACACUUUUGGACACGACAAAGGAUCCCAAAGACAAUCCCAACCAAAGCAAGAACUCGUCACAACUGAAGACGUAGAGGACCAACAGAAAGAUGUUCGGAAGCACAGCGGCUCCUCAUGGGAACAUGUAUCAGGAGCGUCUCAAAGCGGCAUUGAAACCGUGGAGGACGUUGUAGAUCCUUCCCAUGACAGCAACGAAAUCAAUAAAGGUGCAAAGUUUGACCAUCCCAAAGGUGGAAGCACUUCCUCGUUUUCCCUGUGCGAUAGCUUCGGAUCGCACUCAUCUUGGCAAAAACUGUCCAUGAGCCCCACAGAUCGCCUUACAAAAGCGUUCCCGCAAAAGAUUCAGGAAUGCCAAGGAACGACUCUGUUGUCCACCGAGAGCGAACCGUUUGAGGAACUGGGGUUUGAGCAUCUGUCAGACUCUACCAUCCCACCCUCGUCUACGGGACACAAUGAGCCGCCGUGCAACGAAUGCUUCAAGAACUGCAUCAUGGGAAGUGACGUUCUGACGGAGCGUGACUACCGAUCGCUCUUGGCUGGAGUUUGUCAAAGCUGCCUCGUCAAGCGGCUGCCGAACAAACCGCUGAAACCCCUGGACAGCAGACAACUGGAGAAGGCCUACGAUGCCAUCGUCUUGAAGUACUCGAAGGCCUCUGGCGUCUGGAUGGGAUGCGAAACCAGCGUUUACAUUGGGAAAUCGAUGGGUGUGAAAGGCAAACAGAGACAAGCCAUCGAGCUUCAGUAUCUGCACCAGGAACAACUGCUCAACAGUUAUGUAGGGAAGGAGUAUCUGAAGGAUAAAGGGCUUCAUGCGCACCUGGACGACGUGGAGCGACAGAUGACGGCCCAAUACUACGUUACUGAGUUUAAUAAACGCCUGUAUGAUAAUAACGUCACAACCCAGAUCUUCUUCAUCCCCUCUGAAGUGCUGCUGGUUCUGGAGGCGGACCGUAUCUUGACCUGUGUGUCUGCAGAGCCCUACAUGUCUGGCACGUUUGUAAAACUCACAAACAACGCAAGAGGUAAAGCGGAGACCGACGCGACCAGGUACGGCAUCGCCUUCGGUCACUUCACCUACGAGUUCUCCGGUCAUCAGGAAGUGGUGGUGGAUCUGCAAGGAUGGAUCACAGCCAACGGGAAGGGACUGACGUACCUGACCGACCCUCAGAUUCACUCGCUCAGGAAGCCGAGAUCCAGCAACUUCCAGCAGACCGGAAUCAACAACUUCAUUAAACAUCAGCACGGAGACGACUGUAACGAGAUCUGCAGAGCUGCCCGACUCAAACACAUCACAUGAUGUACAAUAACAGAACUGAGCUUUAUACAGUACAGAUAGUUUCAAAGCAGCUUCACAGAUGCAAACUACAUCAGAUAUUCAAAUUCUGCUUUAAAAAGACAAUAGUUUACUGACUCAGUUUAGCUGAAUUCACCCUAAUAUAAAAAUUUGUUGCAUGUUUUAUUUGUGGAAAUUUAUAGGCUAUUAAAAUGUUCAUAUUAUAUGAGAAAUGAGGAACUGAGUAUUAUCAGUCAGACCACAAGAACCUUUGGACUCAAUAAACGCACUCCCACACUGAGAAAUAUGUGGGCCACAUUAUCAGAGUCAUAUGACUGUUACAUCAUUAAUGUGCAGCUGCAUCAUGUGACUGAAACCAGAAGAACUUCAUUCCAGAGUUUCAAAACAAAUACAUGAACACAAUCUCCUCCUCUCUG